AUGUAUUUUCAAAAUGUUGUUUCUUUAAGAUUAAUAUCCGACAACAAGUUAACAACAAUAGAGAACAACACUUUUGAUAAUGUGGCAAGUUUAAGAGAACUAUGGAUUUAUGAUAAUCCGUUACAAUGUGAUUGCAAGUUACAAUACCUGAUCGAUUUUAUUAACUCUAGAACGCUCACACUUUACAAUGAUCCUCUCUGUGUCACUCCUGAUACCCUUAAGGGAACCCGGCUCCAAGAGGUAUCAUUUUCAAGCUUGACAUGUCUUCCUGAUGACAUAACCACUGAGCAAACCACUGGGCAAACUACUCAGCAAACCACUGGACAAACCACUAAGCAAACAGCUGAGCACACUACUCUGCAAACCAUUGAGCAAACAGCUGAGCAAAUCACUGAGCAAACCGCUGGCACCAAAAUGGAGAGCACAACAACUCCAAUACCGUCACUUGACAGGAUAACAACCAAUAUUAAUACGCUUAAUUCUUCUCCUUCAAAAGAAGGAAAACUAUCAAU